CCCACGUGGUUAAACAAAACAUCAUGGCGGCCGGCUUCAAGACUGCAGAGCCUCUGGAGUAUCACAGAAGCUUUCUGAAAGAAAACUGUCGACCUGAUGGGCGGGAGUUGUUUGAGUUUAGGACCACAACACUGAACAUUGGGUCCAUAUCCACAGCAGAUGGUUCAGCCCUGGUGAAGCUGGGAAACACAACCAUUAUUUGCGGCAUCAAAGCGGAGCUGGCUAACCCUACAACAGACGCCCCUGAUAAAGGUUACAUUGUACCCAACGUGGACCUGCCGCCUCUGUGUUCUUCCCGUUUUCGUCCCGGUCCACCAGGAGAACAGGCCCAAGCUGCCAGCCAGUUUAUUGCUGAUGUUAUUGAAAGUUCUGACCUGAUUAAAACAGAAGACUUGUGCAUCGAAAGAGGAAAGCUCUGUUGGGUGCUCUACUGUGACAUUAUGUGCCUGGACUAUGAUGGGAACAUUCUGGAUGCUUGUAUCAUCGCCCUGCUUGCUGCCUUAAAGAACACACAGCUUCCAGAAGUUGCAGUAAACAAAGAGACAUGUUUACCCGAGGUGGAUUUUGAAAAGCGACAGAGGCUUCGCAUUCACAGACAUCCUGUCGGUGCCUCUUUUUGUGUUUUCGAUGACUCCAUACUGAUCGUAGACCCCACAGCUGAGGAGGAGAGUCUGUCGACUGCACAUCUUACCGUGGUCACAGAUGAGGAGGGCCGACUCUGUUCGGUACACAAACCAGGUGGAACUCCACUGUCAGGAGAGAAGCUGCAGGAGUGCAUCAACCGAGCAACAGCCAGACAACGAGAAAUCCACAAACUCAUCAACAAGGUUCUAGACAGUGUGAAGACGGCGCAGUAAAAACAGUCGAGACAAUGUUGUUUUUUUUAUAUAUCUAAAAGCUGUAUUUUCCACUGUCAAUAUAUAUUCUUUUUAAUAACAAUAAAACUGAUGACAAAGACUGCUU